AUGGGUAAGAAAGCCAUUGACUCUCGUAUACCGGCUCUCAUCCGUAAUGGAGCUCAAUCAAAGGAGAGAAGUUUCUUCAUCGUUGUAGGCGAUAAGGCCCGCAAUCAACUUCCGAACUUGCAUUAUCUUAUGAUGAGUGCAGAUUUGAAGAUGAACAAAUCUGUUUUAUGGGCGUACAAGAAGCAGUUGUUGGGUUUCACAUCGCACAGAAAGAAGAGAGAAAACAAAAUCAAGAAGGAAAUCAAGAGAGGUACCAGAGAUGUUAACGAUCAGGACCCAUUCGAAGCAUUUGUAUCUAAUCAGAACAUUAGAUAUGUGUACUACAAAGAGACUGAAAAGAUUUUGGGUAAUACGUAUGGUAUGUGUAUCCUUCAGGAUUUUGAAGCAAUCACACCCAACUUAUUAGCUCGUACCAUCGAGACUGUCGAAGGUGGAGGAAUUGUUGUGAUGCUUCUCAAGUCCAUGAACUCUUUGAAGCAGCUCUACACCAUGACAAUGGACGUCCAUUCGCGCUACAGAACCGAAGCUCACGAUGAUGUUGUAGCCAGAUUCAAUGAGCGGUUCUUGCUUUCUUUGGGCUCGUGUGCAACCUGUCUCGUCGUGGAUGAUGAGCUCAACGUCUUACCAGUGUCUGGAGGUAAACACAUCAAACCUCUUCCUCCCGCCGAUGAUGAUUUGACACCUAAGCAACAAGAGCUCAAGGAUUUAAAGGACUCCUUAGCAGAUGUACAGCCCGCUGGCUCCCUUGUUUCCUUAGCCAAGACAGUAAACCAAGCACAGGCAAUUCUCACCUUCGUGGAUGUCAUCUCUGAAAAAUCUUUAAACAGUACUGUUGCACUUACUGCCGGUCGUGGUAGAGGUAAAUCUGCAGCUCUUGGUAUUGCCAUCGCGGGUGCUAUCUCACACGGUUAUGCAAAUAUUUUCGUGACAUCUCCUUCCCCAGAAAACUUAAAGACAUUGUUUGAAUUUGUUUUCAAAGGUUUUGAUGCUUUGGGGUACACCGAGCAUCUUGAUUAUGAUAUUAUCCAGCUGAACAACCCGGCAUUCAACAAGGCCAUUGUCAGAGUUGACAUUAAGAGGGCUCACAGACAAACGAUUCAAUACAUAGCCCCAAGUGACCAUCAAGUCCUAGGCCAGGCCGAGUUGGUGAUUAUUGAUGAGGCUGCUGCUAUUCCAUUGCCAGUAGUCAAAAACCUUUUGGGUCCAUAUUUGGUGUUUAUGGCUUCUACCAUCAAUGGUUAUGAGGGAACAGGGCGUUCAUUGUCCCUUAAGCUCAUUCAACAAUUGAGAGAUCAAUCUGCCUCCAGAAGCAGCGACACUUCUAUUGUCUCUCGUGACAACAAAGGAGUCGAACCCACGAGUAUGGCUAGAACCUUAAGAGAGGUUGAAUUGCUGGAACCAAUUCGUUAUGCACCCGGUGACCCUGUUGAAAAGUGGUUGAACAAACUUUUGUGUUUGGACGCAACCCUAGCGAAAAGUCAUAGAUUAACAGCAAAGGGCACGCCUCAUCCAUCUGAAUGCAACUUAUUCUAUGUGAACAGAGACACUCUUUUUUCCUUCCACCCAGUAUCAGAAGCGUUCCUCCAAAAGAUGAUGGCGCUUUAUGUUGCUUCGCACUACAAAAAUUCUCCAAAUGAUUUGCAGUUGAUGAGUGACGCUCCAGCUCACCAGCUUUAUGUCUUACUUCCACCAAUUGAUCCGGCAGACAACAAGAUUCCAGAUCCUUUGUGUGUUGUUCAGUUGGCCUUGGAGGGUGAAAUAUCCAAGGAAAGCGUCAGACGCUCGUUAUCAAGAGGUCAAAGAGCUGGUGGAGACCUUAUUCCAUGGUUGAUUUCUCAGCAGUUCCAAGAUGACGAAUUUGCAUCAUUGAGUGGUGCUAGAAUUGUGAGAAUUGCUACCAACCCUGACUAUUCCGGAAUGGGUUAUGGUUCUCGUGCGCUCGAACUUUUGAAGGACUACUUCGAAGGUAAGUUCACUGACAUUUCAGAGAGCAACACCCUCAAUGAUCAUACAUUGGAGAGAGUCUCCGACAAAGAGUUGGAAAACGCUUCUUUGAAAGAUGAAAUCAAGUUGAGAGAUGCCAAAUCGUUGCCUCCCCUUUUGUUAAAACUUCUGGAAAAACCACCAUAUGCUCUCAAUUACUUGGGUGUCUCGUUUGGUAUGACUCCACAAUUACACAAAUUCUGGAAACGUUCCGGUUUCCUCCCGGUCUACUUGCGUCAAACCGCAAACGACUUGACUGGUGAACACACGAGUGUUAUGCUUCAUGUUUUGAGCAAUCAAAAUGAUCAAUGGCUCGCUGAGUUCGCUAGAGAUUUCCACAAGCGUUUCUUGAGCUUAUUAUCAUACGAAUUUGGAAAAUUUCCUGCUGUUCAGGCCCUUGACAUUCUCCAAUCAACAGGCAAAGUGGACAGCAAGGCUUUAGACCGGUCUGCCUUGAAUGAAAUUUUGUCUCCAUUCGAUUUGAAACGUUUAGACUCAUAUGCAAACAACUUAUUGGAUUAUCACGUUAUCCUCGAUAUGUUGCCAAUGAUCGCUCUGGUUUUCUUCUCUGACAAGACCAAGGACGUUUCUUUGUCGUCUGUCCAGGCAGCUAUCUUGUUGGCAAUUGGUUUACAGCAUAAAAGCAUGGACGAUAUAUCCAAGGAAUUGCGUUUGCCUGCUUCUCAGUCAAUGGCUAUGUUCUCCAAGGUCAUUAGAAAAUUCUCAAAUGCGUUCCGCGCUGUCUUAAGUAAAGAUCUCGCCAGCUCAAUGCCUGCACUUGAGGAUGAGACGAUAAGAGAGAUGAAUGGUGAUGAAAAUUCAAACUUCGAUUCUUUGGCAACAGAAAGUGCUAUGGUUCAAGAUUUGGAGGAAGCAGGUUCCGAGGUCGUUUCUGAGUUAAAAUUAAAGCAAAGAGAGCUCAUUAACGCUCUCAAUUUGGACAAAUAUGCUAUCAAUGACAAUGUUGCCGAAUGGGAUGAUGAUGCAGCUAAGAAAGCAGUCUCUAAACUGGGUGUUGUCAGCAUGAAGAGCAAGCACGGUAAGCGUAAGGGUGAAAGUGCUGAGCAAAUUUACGAAGCCGAAAUGAAGAGCUCAUCCAAGAAGUCUAAGAAGAGAAAGUGA